GAGACCGCGCAGGCCAUCAAGGGCAUGCACAUCCGCAAGGCCACCAAGUACCUGAAGGAUGUCACCCUGAAGAAGCAAUGUGUUCCCUUCCGUCGCUACAAUGGGGGAGUCGGGAGAUGCGCCCAGGCCAAGCAGUGGGGCUGGACGCAGGGACGCUGGCCCAAGAAAAGCGCGGAGUUCUUGCUGCACAUGCUCAAAAACGCGGAGAGUAAUGCUGAGCUCAAGGGUCUUGACGUGGAUUCUCUGGUGAUUGAGCACAUCCAGGUCAACAAGGCUCCCAAAAUGCGUCGGCGCACCUACCGAGCGCACGGUCGCAUCAACCCCUACAUGAGCUCCCCCUGCCACAUCGAGAUGAUCCUCACCGAGAAGGAGCAGAUCGUUCCCAAACCAGAGGAAGAAGUCGCUCAAAAGAAAAAGAUUUCCCAGAAGAAGCUGAAGAAGCAAAAGCUGAUGGCUCGGGAGUGAAUCAGACGCAGCAGAUGUACAUAAAUAAA